GAGAAGGGGCGAGGCCAACGAGUACAGGCCGGAGGUUAGCACAGGACACCGCCGGAACGCCAACACAAAAAGACGUCAACAGGACGAAGCGUGCCGACUUGCGUCGGGCUGCCCGCCAUUGCACCGCGGGACCAAGUGGCCCCGUUUCACGCGUCGUGAAAGUGCGACGGCGCGAGGGGCGCCGGGCGCGGGGCUUUUCCGUCUCGGCCCGCCGCGUGGACUCGUUGAACCGGAGCGAGACGAAGGGCGCGCGCCGUGACUUCGGAGGGGGUCCGCGAGCCGCUUUCCGCUGCCGCGGGCGCCGUUGUGCCCGGCUCGCCGCAUUUCCAAGUUCCGGGUUAGAGGAAUCGAGCGACGGACGUUGUUUUUUUUCGCGCUUUCCUCGAUUUGCUUUCGUGAAGCUCUUUUCAAAUCGGAACCAGGUACGUUCGGACUCGUUCUAAAGUCAACACACGCCACGUGCGUGCCGAUCGGGAUUUUUAUUUUGGCGCUUUCGGACAGACGUGCUUGAAUUUCCACGCGCUCGUCGCGCGGCGGCGAAUGUAAGAACAAGUGGAAAGAGCGAGAAGGAGGUCGAAAUGGGUGCCGCGAUAUUGCGGGGGAGUGUGACCAAAAGCGCGCUUGGCUUCGUGGAGGGUUGAAAGGUCAAAAGGACGGCUCGUUUCACUCCGUCCCUUCCCCCCUCGCCUUCGCCCAUCGGUGCACUGUGAAGAUGUGAAGCGCCGCCGUCUCCUUCCGUCCCUCGUCGGCUUUCAUUCUGGGUGUUUCUUCCUGCUAAAAGACCGAGAAAGCAAAGCGGCGGUUCGGCAUUGGCGGCGAUGUACGAAAGCGUGGACGUUGUGGGUUUGAGCCCCCGCAGCCCCGGCGGCGGCGGCGGCUCUUUCCUGGGCAUGGACUACUACCACAGAGCGCCGGGCUUGGAGCCCGAGCAAGGACUCCUGGCCGGCGUCGGGGGUCUUCAGAGGCCGUUCGGCGGCUCCCUGGUGAGCGGCAGGCACUGGAGCGGAUCUUGCCACUCGAUCGAAACGGAGAGCACGAGUUCUGGAGAAGAUUUGCUGGUCACGAGCCCCCCAUCUCCACCACCUCCGCCGCGCGUCUACAAGCCGUGCUUUGUAUGUCAGGAUAAAUCCUCCGGAUACCACUACGGAGUCAGCGCAUGCGAGGGCUGCAAGGGAUUCUUUCGAAGGAGCAUCCAGAAAAACAUGGCGUACACCUGCCACCGAGAUAAAGUUUGCGUCAUAAACAAAGUGACACGCAACCGCUGUCAGUCCUGUCGCCUGCAGAAAUGCCUCGAUGUCGGCAUGUCCAAGGAGUUGGUCCGAAAUGACCGGACAAAGAAGAGGAAGGAGGAGAAGAGGCAGGCGGAGGCGGAGCUCUACGUCUUGUCGGCAGAAACGGAGCACAUGAUCGAGCGAGUUCGUCGCGCGCACCGAGACACGUUUCCCUCUCUUGGUCAGCUGGGCAAGUACACCACGGAUAACAGCGCCGAGCAUCGCGUGCCUCUGGAUAUCAACCUGUGGGACAAGUUCAGCGAGCUGUCCACCAAAUGCAUCAUCAAGACGGUGGAGUUCGCCAAGCAGCUGCCCGGCUUCACGACGCUAACCAUCGCCGACCAGAUCACUCUUCUCAAAGCGGCCUGCCUGGACAUACUGAUCCUGAGGAUCUGCACGCGCUACACCCCGGACCAGGACACCAUGACCUUCUCCGACGGUCUGACUCUCAACCGCACGCAGAUGCACAACGCCGGCUUCGGGCCGCUCACCGACCUGGUGUUCUCCUUCGCCAGUCAGCUGCUCCCCCUGGAGAUGGACGAUGCGGAAACUGGGUUACUCAGUGCCAUCUGCCUGCUGUGUGGAGACCGUCAGGAUCUGGAGGAGUCGGACAAAGUGGAUGUUCUCCAGGAGCCCAUGCUGGAAGCUCUGAAGCUCUACGUCCGGAGACGGAGACCCGACAAACCUUGUAUGUUCCCCAAGAUCCUGAUGAAGAUCACGGACCUCAGGAGCAUCAGCGUGAAGGGAGCAGAACGAGUGAUCACACUGAAAAUGGAGAUCCCGGGCUCCAUGCCUCCACUCAUUCAGGAAAUGUUGGAGAACUCCGAGGGACUCGAGGGCCAAGGGAAGGGCAGAGGCGGCGAUGGCGGCAGCGAACACGAGCAAACAAAGCGGCAAAAUUCGAGCGCCCCGUCCCCGAUGUCCGUUCCCUCGCCCGGCCGCAGCCCCCCGGCCAGUUGCCCCUCCCCGUGAGCGCCCGCUCCUCCUACCUCUGCAUUGCACAGCGCGGGGCCACGCUCGAGCACCGACCUGAUGCGUGACUCGUUUUGCCCGCCUAAAUGAUGCGGUUGCAAAGACGCUAUCGUGAGCGCCUGGUCCAGACGUGACCGCUUGACGCAUUUCAUGGGAACUACCCGUUCACUUUUCAACAAUCCUUUUGUAAAGAUCGUAUGGUUUCUUUUUAUUGUUAUUGUUUUGCGGACAAAAAGAAUCGGGCUCUCUCGCCGCCCCUCUCUGAUUUCUCAGUCGCGGGACAUUGUCAGAUAUGAACAGAUUUGAUGAAGGAUUAUGGGGUUUAGUCUAUAUAUAGAUGAUAACCCUCUUGUGCAUUUUUCUCUCGUGAAAAGCCAUGCGUGUUUUGCAAAAUCGGGGCCUGUGUUUGUAUGUAAAAAAGAUAUUUUCUUAAAUGGACAUGAUAUAUUUGGUCUCCUUGAUCUCCUUCACCCCAUCAGUAUUCCCCCUUAAAGUUGCCAUCUCCCACCCCCCCUAACGCACAAUGCUCACUUUGUAUGCAUUGCUACUGCCGCACGCAAAUUGUUUUACAAUUCCACUGUUGACUUUAUACGAGGGCGCCUAUUUUUUUGUGUUUACAGCUCUGUUGUCUGCUGGAGUCGUAAUCCACAAUUUACUCUUUGGAAUCUUGUUUUGGUUUUUAAUGAUUCAAAUUCCAGUUCUCUCCUCCCAUAAGGCUGCCAACCGUCGUGCGAAUGGGUGAGCUGGGCCCCGGAGUAAGUGACCACAUCAAGGGUUCGGCUGCUCAAAUUCAACGUGCCAUGACGUUGUCAUGAAUGCUGACUUCAUUUUGGAGCGCCA